UACCCCUCUAAAGCAGACGGUUAAAAUUAAAUUUUAUUACAUGACUAGGUAACUCAAAUAAGUACCUGCUCGUACGUGAACAACAGGAACGUGUAAUUAGACCACCUGAGUAACAGUGACAAUAUUUACAAAGUUUUCACCUUCUAAAUAAUAACAAACGACAAUAGCGAAGCACGGAAGACUGCUUGUAGUAAAUAUCCGCAGGCCGACCCGGGUAGCGACCGGGUAGUGGGCAGUGUUUACUAACAAUAUCCGUACGACAGGAAUACCUUCUCAAAUAAUUAUUAAUUUACUCUAAACUCACCGCUCUAUAGGGUCUGUCAUAACAACAAGCACCUAGCUUGUUUUGCAGGAAAUUCAUAGUUAAUUCUUGUCGAUAUGGGGCCAGGAUGGUACCUUAUUGUUUGGAGUUAUAGCAAGCAAUACAAUAACUGUAUCAUAGUGGACAGGAACUAUUAAGUUUCAAGUACAUACAUACAUACACAAUUACUUCAACAUUCUUUAAAGUGACGUACCUAAGUAGAUUUUUUUAUUUGAGACCUACAACUACUGCUGGGACUAAAUCAAGUGCCGUGAUGGUAUUUUACACCCCGUACCCCGUACCACCAUGUAAUUUGGCACAUCUUAAACGUUAUCCGCAUCAUAGGAACAAUGUUUAUUAAAAAAAUAACAAUAUUAAAGAGGUAUUUAGUAGGUAGGUACUUGAGUAUUUAUUCACAAGAAACAAUUGAUCAGCUGUUGACCUUGCGAUACAAAAACUAAAGUCAUUUCUCACCGCCCGGCACCGGCCGUUACCCAACUCAUUGCUAAAUAAUAUCCAUGACGGCCAUUUUGGAAAUGCAGCUUUUUUAAAUAACAAUUUAGCUGUUGCAUUCAUUGCAUACAUCAUUCAAAGUAAAGAAUUUAAACAGACAUCUCUUUCAGACGUUUCCAAAAUAAUUUAAGUGAAUAAACAGAAAGUAAGUAAGUACCUAUGUAGGGUAAACUACUUAUUUGUUAAAAAAUAGAAUUCUGAAACUGUAUAGCGGGUGUAGCGAACCAAAAGAAUUUGCGAAUCUAAUCGAAGAUUGUAAUAAACAAAAAUGCACCGAUAACGCUCAACCUCAUUCGUUGUAAUAAAAUAAUAAGUAAUAAAAAAGCAUGUCCAUCGCGUUGUACAAAUAAUAGUGCAUGUAACAUUUUAUGCAGAAAGUAUAUCUUGAAGGUGAAAUAGUCGCUGCUUUCCUUCAGGAAACAACAGACGUGUUUCUGUAAUACCUGAUAUAUAUAUAAAAAUCAAUGCCACUUUUCGUUGUAAUUCCAUAACUCAAGAACGGGCUCACCUAUCCAAACCAAAUGCUUAGGAUUUGGUCGGCAUAUUUAGUAGAUGGUUUAUGUGAAGUUUGCACAAAAUCGGUCGAGCGGUUCCUCAUUUGUCACAUUUUUUGUAAUAAAUGAAUUCAAUAGAAACUUUUUUCACAGAAACUUUUUUGAAGUUUUGUUGACAGGACAAGCACGUUGUUAUGUCAUUCAUGCCGUCAGUUCAUUUUGGACGUGGUUUGAUUAAAGCAUAUUAUCAGCGAUAAAUUUCUUUUCACAUAAUUGCAUUUGCAGUGCAUUCAUACAAACGCGAAAACAUAUGUGCAUACGGGAAAAAUGCCACCAGCCAGACGAGCAAAUAUAGGUCGGCGAACGCGUAAUGCAAAUGAUGUGGCAUUACUAAGACGAUCACAGACUGCAGAUGAACGCGCACAAGCUAAUGCAUCGCAGCGUGAACGUAAUGCACGCAAUGGAUUUGUUAACCCAGUACCUGUACUGAAUCUUGCACGGCCAUCACGAAUACGUCGUGCUGUUUUGGCUGAAAUGAUGCGUGCUGCUUUUAAUUACAACAGUCAGAUUGAUUAUAGUAUGUAUGGAUACAUUGGAAUGAUGGACGCAAUAUGUCCACAUUGUGAUGCGGCUAACUUUCCAGGUGAAACGCCCGGCAUGUGUUGUGCUAAUGGCAAAGUGAGAUUGCCAGCAUUAGAAACUCCACCCGAACCAUUGUAUUCAUUUAUUUUUGGGACAUCGCAAGCGUCGAAGCACUUUCUGAGUCAUAUUCAACAAUACAAUUCGGCAUUUCAAAUGACUUCUUUUGGUGCAACUAAAAUUAUUAGAGAUAAUUUUAUGCCGACGUUUAAGAUUCAGGGCCAGAUUUAUCAUCAAGCUGGUUCGUUAUUGCCAUACCCCGACGCUGAUCAUCAAUUUUUGCAAAUUUAUUUUAUUGGUGAUGAAAAUCGUGAAUUGGAUCAACGUUGUGCAAUUGUUUCGAAUACAAGACGAGAAAUUAUUCGUGAGCUACAAAGGUUUUUCCAUCAGCAUAACGCAUUAGUUCAAUUGUUUAAAAUUGCUCUCGAUCGUAUGCCAACUGAUAAUCACAAAAUCGUAAUAAGAGCUGAUAGAACACCUUUUGGAGAGCAUGCAAGGCGAUUUAAUGCACCAACAAUUGAUGAGGUUGCAAUUGUAAUUCUUGGUGAUCAGUUUCAAUCCCGUGAUAUUGUACUUCAUCGUAGAAAUGAGCAAUUGCAACGUGUUUCGGAACUUCAUCGUAGUUACGAUGGAUUAAAAAAUAUUAAUACACCCGAUAUAUAA